AUGCAAGUCCACAGCCUGGCUUUCCGGGGAAAAGUGCAGGACUGGGAGCUACACACCCAGAUCACUGGGCAACAUCACGCCACCUUGGGCCCCUUUGUGCACACCAGGUCCUCCUGCUGAAGACAGCUAAGCCUGCUGUUUGGACGUUUUAGUCUCCCGACCUUACAGAAACCGGGGGACAGACUGGCCUCACUGAGAACUUCAUGACCCAGACCUGGGCCAGCUUCAGAGCCUCUUGACUGCUUGUUGCAAGGUGUGAGAAGGUGAGGGUCUCUCCUCCAUCUUCAUCUGCCCCUGCUUGCUUUGAUCGACUCUCAGAAGACCCAGUGUGGACCCGUCCCGAGGCCUUGUUCCUCCUGCCUCCAGCGGUGCCAUCGCACUUUACAGGUAUAUCCCAGAGAGAAUCUUCCACCUGCUCUCGGUGCUCAUUGGUGUGGAGAACACUGAGUGAACUCCAGAGCCUCGCACUUGUCGGACAGGGAAACCCUUUACCACGGGAACACUUUGGUCGUGUCUCUCUGGCCUGGCCAAGGAGUAAUCCGUACCACCCCACGCAAAGCUGUAGAAGAGGCGGCAGUAUGAGGCGGGAAGAGGACGAAGAUGAAGGAACGAGGGUGAAGGCCAAAGGGGAUAUGGAGAUGAUGAAGGAGGAGGAGAUCAGCGAGCCUGGAGAACUGGUUGGGCCCCUGGCAGGUGCCAUGCCUACCCCAGUCCCCCAUAAUCGGGGGGCCCGCUUUUCCGAGGCAUGGGAAUAUUUCCACUUGGCUCCAGCCCGGGCUGGGCACCACCCCAACCAAUAUGCCACCUGUCGCCUGUGUGGCAGGCAGGUGAGUCGGGGCCCUGGAGUUAACGUGGGCACCACAGCCCUCUGGAAACAUCUGAAAAGCAUGCACAGAGAGGAGCUGGAGAAGAGCGGCCAUGGUCAGGCAGGGCAGCGCCAGGACCCCCGGUCUCCCGGGUGCCAGCUGCCCAUGGGCAUCGAGGGUGACUGGGCCAGCCUCCUGGAGCGGGUGGGGACUCUGGCUUUAUGGGCCAGCCAAAGGGAACGAGAGGUCCUCCGGAGGGAGAAAGCAGUGGAAUGGCGGGAGAGGGCGGUGGAGAGGAGAGAGCGAGCCGUGGAAGAAGUGGAAAGGGCCAUCCUGGAGAUGAAGUGGAAGGUGAGGGCCGAGGAGGAGGUCUACCAGCGGGAGAAAGACCUGCCUGCCACCACUCACCCUUUCCAUUUCGUGUAAGUUGGGCUUGGGGGACUCUACGCUGGACACCCUGCCCUUCACUCACAGUCCAGGGCCACUUUCGUCCCAGCUCAUCUAUGAAGUAAGAUUUUGUUUCUGAGAGAGAGAGAGAGAGAGCAGAAAGCCUGGGGAAGCUCAGUGGGUCUGAGAUGACCACAGACUUAUCGUCAGGGUUCCCGCACCUGUACUGACCCUUGAUCAAAGCCUUAGGAUGCACUCUCAACACUUGAUGUCAUCAAGUGGCUUCUGACUCGCAGCACCCCCAUCGGUUAGGGGAGGGCUGCCCCCGUGGGUUUCCGAGACUGUAACUCUUUGCGGAUUAGAAAACCUCCUUUGUUUUCCCGUGCGCUCACUGACCAAAGACAAAUACCGUUUGAUCAUCA